CUCUCUCACACUCACUCUUGUCUCUCUCAACCCACCAAAAACCAAACUCAACACGCUCUCUCUCUCAACUCUCUCUGUGGAUGGCUUAUAAUCAGCAGCACCAGCACCAGGUCUCUCACCAAGUGGCCAAGACCGCCACGGCAGUGACCAUCGGCGGAUCCCUCAUGGUGCUCUCAGGCCUCACGCUGGCGGCGACGGUCGUCGGACUUGUGGCCGCCACGCCGCUGCUGGUCAUAUUCAGCCCGGUGUUGGUCCCCGCCGCCAUCGUGCUGUUCCUGAUUACGGCUGGGUUUCUGGCGUCGGGCGGAUUCGGCGCCACAGCGGUGGCCGUGUUCUACUGGAUGUACAAGUACGCGGCGGGGGAGCACCCAGUCGGGGCGGAGCAGCUAGAUUGCGUUCGGGAGAAGAUCGCGGGCGCCGCCGCUCAGUUGAAGGGCCGGGCCGAGCAGUACAGCUGGAAGAAUUGAGCUUUGGAUUUCCCUCAGACCUCCCUCCCCUGUUGUGUUGUUAAGUUCUUUCAGUUUCGCGCCCUCUCUUGGUUUUGUAUUUCUCAACAGUCUAUCAAUCUACCUACUAGUAAGUAGUAUGUCAGCCAGUUAUGGAAGAUUUUCCUCCUCCGUUUCCUUCCAAGAAAGUCCAAAUCACGUGAAUGGGAAAGAAAGAUGGCUCCGGCCACAUUAAAUAAUAAUAUUUUAUAAUAUUCAAAGAUGAUGAUUAAAUUCAAAGGCAAGGCAAGGAAAGGGUCAUGCAGUGAUUAUACUAGGUAGCAUCUACGCCCCAUUGCCAUCAAUAUGAUUUGACUCAUGUGGUCUUCUUGGAGAGAGCAAUGACGUUGAAGUUGAGCGAGUCUGGAUUUUUCUGGAUUA